AGUAGUUGCUUUUGGUAGGUUGAUGUGUUUUUCGGUACACGUUUGUUCCAUACCAACGACAGGCCAAAUCGGAGCAAACAGCGCAUCAAGCGCGCAAAUAGAACGUCAAUAUCAGAAUAGGUAAUUCGAUAAGGGACGUUUCAUGACUAUUCGCACGCGUCGAUUAUUCGACUAACUGGAAGUUAACUCGGGGUCGGGUCAACAGCCCGGACGACGAGGCUGGUCAUUGCACGCCUCUAAUAACCUAAUUAGCUACUAAUCCCUCGCCCAUUAAAUUACACUUUAUUGUGUAAGUGCACCUAUAUGUGUGAGAGCCGCAAUAACAAUAGUACAUUCCCUGUGUGAGAAGUCCGGUAUUUUACUUUUUGGAGUACACACUUGGCCUUUUAUGUUCAUGAUCAAACUUUCAGUGCAGGGAAACGUAAAAAAGAAGAAAUCGGUUGAAGAUGGUCGUGUCUUAAUUAAGACGGUUAUUCUAAAUAAUACUUCAAGGCGACGUAUACGUUAGUGCAGUGCGUUCUAGCUUCUGGAGGAUACUGGAGAAAAAUUAAAAGAAAAGGUCGUGCGUUUGUUGAUGCUUAUGUUCAUUCUUUUUGUACUGUGGACUACGGUGCUCAGCAGACUAUUUCUUAAAAGCAGCUCACGGCAGCUCGUCGAGUUCGGUUUGUGGAUCGCUAUUGUUUCAAACAUUCGACUUAUCAUCAAAUACUCCCUUAGAAAAAGUCUAGAAGAGCGCAGAAGCUUUAUUCUUCAUUCUUUCUUUGCCGACUUUCGAACAAAAUUUCAAAGGAAAGCGCGUCAGUUCAGCAACUGACGGCAUACGUUUAAAUCUAGAUCAGUUUUAAAUUAACGAUGACUAGCGAAGUGGAGCAGCAACAGUUCACCUUGCCGAAUGCCGGCAGUAUUCGAAACCUUUGGAAGGGGCCUAAUUUCAACCCUAGUCAUAAUGACCAGUCAGGCUUUUCCGAGACGCGAAGGUCACAAUUUCCUCAGCAGUUACAACUUUCGGUAAGUAAUGAUCAGUCGCUGCAGACAUUACCUACCAAUUGUAGACCGUAUCUAUCGUCCACGAGUCAAGGCGUCAUUUAUGGUGAACCUAGUUUAUCGAAACCGCGUGCAAUUACAUCAUGUGGGCAGAAGCCGGCAGCCGCACAAGUCGCAAAGGAAAUACCGAUAUCACCUUCACAUCUGCAAAUCGAACAAGGCCAAAGGCUUCCUUCAAAGGUGAUAAAGGGCCAAGACAGCGCUCAAGAUAUUGAAGCGGGACUACGGGUGCUUCGAGGCAACAAUUCGUCGUCUCUGCUUUUUACGGCCUCGGAUUCGGCUCCUGCAUCGCCAUGCCCAACGACCAUCGGCGGUAAAGCUCCAGCGAUGUUCAUUGGUGGUUACGACACGGGAAGUGGACUACACUCUGCGUCGGCGUUAGCAGCUAUACGUAAACUGGCAAUGAUCGCGCAACGUGCUUUCGGUAAUAGGUUAGGGUCAACUCUACUUACCGCCGACCCAGUGCCGACCUCUAAUCGAAUUCCGUCGCAUAUAUCUUAUCUUGGAGAGCAACCGGCUUUCAGCAUUUGUGGUUCGAACAAUGGUUGCGAUUACGGAAGGGACGGCUUGAAUUUACUACGAGCUAAUGACACAAAAUUCAAAUCGUCAUCGAACGAUAGUGUUCACUUUCCUGCGCGACCACCUCAAACAAGUUCUCUUGCAGAGACAUUCGCAUUUCCUGCUAAUGGUUACCGUGGAUUUUCUGACUGUUCUCUUGGAUCAACUAGCGCUUCCUCUGAACGUAGUGACGUAACCUCACAGGGCUCGUCUCAUUACGAUGCUGUUCUAGCACGCCUCACGGCCGAGUGUAAGUGGCGCCGUAAGUGCCCUCAGCUUCAGAAGGCACUCAUUUAUUGGAACAGUUUGGCUCUUCCUUCACAUUCAUUGCAAGGUGAUCUGGCGAACUGCAGCUUAGCAACAAAGGUAUUCCUAGGCGGACUUCCUUAUGACACUACACAGAUGAUCCUGAUGAACCUGUUCAGUAAGUGGGGAGUAGUUACCGUCCAAAUUCCACCAGUCCGUCAGAAUAGCUGUCGCCGACUCAGUCAUGCUUAUCUCGUAUUUGAGGAAGAGACUCAUGUUCGUCGCCUGCUUUCUAAUUGCGUUAAACGAGAGCCUGGCUCAUAUUUCUUUUGGGUUCCGUCGACAAAAAGUAGGGGAGGUCGCUUCGCCCAGGUAAUCCCGUGGGCAACACAAGAUAACGACUGGAUAUCCCCUGACAUGACGACACACGUAGGCGCAAACGCAGUUGCCAGUUCAUCUUGUUCAGGACCCAAACAGAGAAACACCUGUGUUUUCAUCGGAGGCGUCCAUGGCGAGGUGUCAGCUAAAGGCUUACAACUGAUUAUGGCACAACUAUUUGGGCCUGUCCUGCAUGCGGGUAUCGACACCGAUUGCCAUGGUUACCCAAGCGGCUCUGCUCGGGUAACCUUUGCAAGUCAAGAAUCAUUUUAUCGGGCACUUCGCGCCGGUUUCGUCCAGUUGGAGACCGCUCGCUUCAGCAAACUCAUGCAACUAGACCCAUUUGUUGAUGAAGUCGGCCGCUGUGCUACAUGUGAAAUGGCCACAGUUCUUUUUUGUCGGCAUAUUGCCUGUCUGAAGUAUUUCUGCGCUAUUUGUUUUGAAGAUCAUCGCCGACAAAAUCCUGGAAAUGAUCAUCCACCUCUUACGCGACCUCGUACAAACUACAGCAUUUCGUCACCGUAUAAUCAUUGUGGUUUUUAAUCAAUUUAGCCCUGACAGAUUUAUCAUUCCUUCACUUGAUCGAUCUGAACAAUUAAUACUGGUAAUUACCUGGUAGCUGCUGAUACUAUUUGGUAAAGCGUAUACAUCUUUAUUUAAAAAUAGUUACCAAAAUCAAUUAAAUUAUUCAAUUAUUUUUGACCGCUGGGUGCAAAAUAAAUACGUAUACAUAUCUAAAAGAAGAAAACAGACCCUUAGCUGGGUCGACAUGUGCUGGAAAAAAACAUGCUUUUGGCCCACUGAUUCGUUAUAUAAGCUUGACACCUAUUUAGGAAAGGGCGCACAUCAUCGUGGUAGUUCAUAAAAUGUUUUACAUUUCGACAUUUUUUGGCAGUUAUCAUACCAACAAACUAUUUGAGGAUUUUACUUGUUGUGUUGUUUCAUUGCAAAUUUAGGUUUUAUCCGUAGAUCAGUACGAUUUUUUGCAGUUUUUUGCACAGUUGCAUGAAGCGCUUGCUUUUUUUCGACAUUUUGACCGCAUGCAUGACUUACAAGCAGUCCCAUAACAUUAAACGCUAAAGUUUAGCAAACAAAUAGCUAUUUGUCAUACUUAGAAAAUCGAAAUUGGCAAGCGGCUAUGACUGUCACCUGCAAGCUGCUGAAGAAUAAGGGAUGAUCGCCAACAACUUCUGAACCAAACAACUGAAUCUGUAUGAACGAAAGUAUAAUCGCAGUUAAUUUUUGGCCUUGCUAUAGUGCUGAAAAUAUUAUGGCUACGUAACAAUUACUUUCAUUGUAUUCUCAUCCACCAUUCUUACUAUUAUGUGAUAAACUUCUCUUUUGUUCUUCUGUUCGGUUCUUUAACUGUCGAGAUAUUUUGUUAACGCAAACCUUAAGAAACUUGGUGUGUUCUAAUACCUAGUAUACAAAAAUACUUAGUAGCAUGUACUUCAUACAAUUGCUAAGUUCCUGUAUUCGGCCAUUUAUGUCUAGCUUGUUAUCUACUAAAAUUAUUUAUUAAUAGAGUCAAUAAAUAUCUGAUGAAUUUAAUCGUCCUAACCUUUGUGACUAAGCUGAGCACCUUUAGCUGAGUUGUCGUUUCGUUGGAAAGUACAUUUUUUUCUCAGAUCGACAAAGUUACGAAUAGCAGUUGGAUACACUGAGUGAUCUUUCCAAUGGGACAGGUUUUUCAAAUUUUAACGGAUUGUAGAG